GAAACCGCAAAUUUCAAUGACGUCACUGAAAAAUGCGUAGUUAAUUAAAAUGCAGACAGGUGGGAAAAAUGAACCAGACUGCAGCGCAAAAGAUCUUGUGGGUGUGAGUCUUCUCAGUGAUGUGGAGGGUCAAAGUUCAACGAAUAUUGGAGUUUGUUUGGUAUCCAAUCAGUGGCUGACUACAUGCAAGGCCAGAGAGCUGAGGGACAUUAUUAAAAAUGACAUUGUAGCUUGUCCACCAAAUUUCCAGAUCUGCACAAAACAAGGGUGGCCCCUCAGAGACGUGCAAGAGCAGGAAGUGCUUGCAUGCCAAAUACUGAAUGAAAAACAAGAGGUCUUCAUUAAAAUCAAAAAUGACAUACCAAAAUGUGGAAUAAAGGACCGGCAAGGCAAUGUGGUAGGAUUUGUACAUAUCAAUUACACUGCCUCCCUUACAGAAUUAAAGAAUCUCAUACAGUCUCAGGUACUGGAUCCAGAUGAGAUUUCACACAGUUUUCAGUUUUUAGAUGGUAACAGUUGGCCAAUCAGCAGUUUACAAGAGCAUCACAUGACUGUGUUUGACAUUGUGAUUGGACAUUGUGUCUCAGCUGAUCUAAAAAUUGGCAGCAAGUCAAAAACAUUUUCACCACCAAAGGAACCGCCAUUAAAGAAGUUUAAAGGAGUGAAAGAGUUGUCAUUUCACUCCGGGAAAGAUGUAUUCCGACAGUUGAGUUCUGACACAACCGAUGGUAGUUCCACCCAUAAACAAGUCCUCAUCAGCUAUGUAAGAUCUGAAGCUGCAGACCAUGCACUGCGACUCAAAGAACAGCUGACUGCCUUGGGUCUGACUGUAUAUCUGGAUGUACAUGAAAUCCAGACAGGUGUAGAUUGGCAGGACUCUCUGAAUUUUGCAGUCAGUGGCUGUGAGGUAUUUGUACCACUGGUGACACAAAAAUAUGGGGAAACACAGUGGACAAACAGGGAGGUGAAGCUAGCAGAUGUUUUAGGGAAGUACAUAUUACCUGUGAGUUUCCUACCUGACUGGCCACCAAGAUGUCUUGCUAUCCAGUUUGCUACGACACAGUUUAUACCCUGGAUACCACCUGAACAGCUUACAGGAAGAUGUCAGACAGAGAAGGUAAAGGCUGAAUGGACAGUCCAUGAUAUCAAGGUUGUUGCUCAGAAGAUAAUGGACAGAGUUACAGGACUUAAUUCAAGAUCAGUCCCAUCACUUAUCAAGAGGACCACCAUUGUAAAGAGUUGUGCAUGUGUAAGAGAAGACAAUAUGAUGGCCAUUACCUCAGACAGGGAGGGUAAACCACUUAUCAUGAUUUGUGUACAUUAUGCACAGGAAAUAUAUGGUAGUGAACUAAAGUCAGUGCUGGAAGAGGAAGGGUUUGAGGUAUGGUGUACCACGGAACUGGACAGAGAACAUGUCAAUCAUAUAGAUGGUUUAGUCAGUAGUCAGGAUGAUAUUACCUAUUCUGUCCUGAACAGGGGAAAUGAUAAAUUUUCUGGUUGCCCUGGAGACAGUAUAGCUAGGAACAUUGAAAUAUUCCAGGAGAAAGCAGAUGAUGCCAGUCUGGUACUGUUUGUACUGUCAAAUGCUUUCUCUCUGUCCAGAGUCUGUCAGCAACAGGUAUUUUACUGUGAACACAGGAAGCAUGUGGUACCAAUAUUGUAUGAGGAUUUCAAGAUGCCGGAUUGGAUGUCCAUGUUGGUAGGAUCACAUGGUUUUGAGAUGAGAAAUGACGAGGAUUUUAUCAGGAUUCUCAUAAGACGAGUAAAAGCAACUAUCAGUGGUACAAGGAACUCACUGAGCCCUCGUUCCUCCGCAAACAUGGCAACUGGUUCUAAGGAGGUCACCAGCAGCUUGCAAAAUGAUGGAACCAGAUGGCCACUUGCAGGCCAUAACACAGACACAUUCAGUCCAAGUAUGGAAUCUGUCAGUUCUGUAUUCAGUAUCAAGAGAGAUUCUGUUUCAAGGCACAGAAGCCAGAAUGGGACCUCAGUCUCAGAAAAGCUCAGUCUGAAUAAUGAUCAUGUGAAUGGAAAGCUCAGUUCUGAAGUGAAUUCAAGCUCUAUAGACACAGAUGAAGAUACUGGAACACUAGAAGAUAAACCAAGCUUAAGCUCAAUGAAAACUAUCAUACUGUGAUUAUGAUAUAUAACUGGAUUUUGGGUACGGAAUAGCAUUGAUAAAAACAAAUAACAAUGGCAGUUCUGUCUGCCAAAUGAUUGGAUAACACUAGAUUUGGCUUACUUUUGUUCAUUUUAAGGAAUGUCAUAAUUCAAGAAAAUGAAAAAUGUCUUUGAACCAUUUUAUUUGCUCAUCUGAUUUUUUGAGAGAAAAAAAAUGAUGAGUUAUUGUCAUCACUUGGUUGGCAUUGCCUCAUUAAGUUUUGUGUUUAGGUCAGCUUUUCUACUAAACUAUCAAAACUAUUGCUUUAAAACUUGCAACACUUGUUCACCAUCAAUAGCUGACUCUGUACAGCAAGAAACAUAACUCCAUCCUGCUUUUUGCAAAAAUUAUGGCCCCUUUUGGACUUAGAAAAUAUCAUAAAAACACAUGGGUAGGACAAUAUUUCUGUUAGACAAAAAAGUCAGAUGAGCAUCUGCACCCUCAAGGCGGUACUCUUAUUUAUAAUUCCUUGGCCAUGUGAAUAUCAAUGAUCUACUGUGUACUCAGAUCAGUUGUAAUCUGAUAGGAUUUAUAUGUCUUCCAAGUUCUUAAUCUGUGAUUUUUAUAGGGAAAAACCAAGACCACUUUUCUGUGGUACAACAUUGAUGUUACUUUCAAAUUUUGGGUGUAUUUUAAGGUAUCUCUACCUGGUAAGGAUUUUUUUUUGUGGACUUAGAAAAAUAAAAGAAUUACAAUAAUUUCUUAAAAAAAAAACAUUGUAAACAACUAGAAAAUUAAAAUUCCAUUUGCAAAUACAGGUGCUAGUGUAAAGAAAUUUGCUGUGACGGGCGUAUAUUGUGACAUUCUGGCACUCUUGUUUGUUAAUGAAAAUGUUGUUUUUAAAACAAAUGUUUUAAAAAAUAGAUGUUGAAAUUUGUAUCACAGUCAUUACAUUGUCAUAAGAUAUAUGCAUAUUUUUUGAUGGAUGUUGCAAGUAGAUUGUGUGAAUUACAAUGUUGUGUUAGAAUCUUCGUUGUCUCGGUAACUGCUGUCAGUUGAUUUAGUAGCUGUUUUAUGUCAAGAGUAUGCAACACUGGAUUAAUGGAAACAAUGUUAGUAUGUGAGAAAUUGAAACUCUAAAUAUGAAUUUUUAUGGUUUGCAGUUUUGAAUGGAUUUCGUUUGUGUAUGAAAUGCAUUGAUCGAGCUAAAAGUAUGCAUGGAAGUCUUUGAUGCUUUUAAAUUUACUCAUGUAUUUCAUACCAGAAUGAAAAUUUUCUUUUCUGAAACAUUCCUUAGUGUGCCAUACCUGAAUACAUGUAUAUGAAAGACAUUAUAUAUAUAUAUAUUAUAUAUCAUAUUAUGUAUAUUUACCCUGAUGUAUUAUGAUCUGUAUGCUGGUGCUUUUUUACACAUAAAUUGAUUAUCAGCUUCAUAUCUGUGAUUGUCUGCUUUUGUUGGGAUUUAAGUCUCGGAUGUUCAAAUAAUGUAAUAUAUAAAAUGUUACAACAAUAAUACAUUGCAAUUUAUAUAUGAAACAUAUGUAUAUGAUGAUUUGAGCUUCUGUCAUUUAUACAUAAAACAUACGCAUUCCAUGAUUUGAGCAUCUGUCAUUAAUACAUGAAACAAUACAUUCCAUGCUUUGGGCAUUAUUAUUAUUAUACCAGAUUUAUAUAGCGCCCUUUUCAUGAUUAACACUUUUAAAGGCGCUUUACAUAUAUCAACUGCAGCCACACAGGGCACGAAAUCAUCCUUGACCAGAGGGACAGAGUGAGAUAAAGCCCCCAGAUUAUACAGAGAGAACUUUUUAGAUACAGACGUGUCUGGCUAACUUAGCCUAGCUCUUUUCGAAUAGACAGUAUGGUUCUUUAAUGUGCCCAGUGUAUAGCACCAAUACACGCGAAGCCGUCUUUCCUGGGAAGAACCAGUACAGGCCUCUAGUAAGGUGGGAGACACUCAAGAGCAUCUCAGAAAUUUUCAGUGCCUGGACUGGGACUCAAACCCAGGACCUCUGGAUUGACAGUCAAGCGUGUUACCACUAGACCACCGGCCCACCCUUGGCAUCUGUAAUUUAUACAGCCCACCUGCUUAGCUCAAUAGGGAGAGUGCAGAUCUACGCUACAGAUGGCAGGGUCAAGAGUUCAAUCCCUGAGCAGGCGUAUAUUCUCUGUGACAAUUUGAUGAAAGACAUUGUUUCUGAAAUCAUUUAUCUUCCACCUCUGAUUCAUGUGGAGAAGUUGGCAGUUACUUGUGGAGAACAGGUUUGUACUGGUAUAGAAUCCUGGAACACUGGUUAGGUUAACUGCCCAUCGAUACAUAUUAAAAAAUGGCGUUAAACCCAACACAAACAAAUAUCCUGUCUUUAAUAUAUAAAACAUGUAUUCCAGGAUUUGGACAUGUGCUAUUAAUACACCAAACAAUUUAAACAGAACUGAUGCAUUAAUAAAACAUAAAUUUUAAUAAAAGGAUAAAUGGCGGGUAUAUUUAUUUUUACAUGUUCAGUGUCGGACUUCACAAAUUCUCGUUCUAUCUGUUUCAACAUCAGUUUCCAAGUAAAUUUAGACUUAUAAUAAGUCACUUACAUGAUUUGUUGAAUGUUCAGCCAUUUUAUUCUACAACUCAGGUCUGCAAACGGAUUUGUUCCCAGUAUAAUGCCAAAAUAUACUGCUAGUUAUUUUCAAUACAGGAAAAAAAUUGAAUGCUAAAUAAAUCGUCAGUCAAAUAUGGUUUUCUUUUUCGUUGUUACUGAUCAAUGUCAGAUGGAUAAAUAGAUAGAUAAAUUUUGUUUUAAUUUUUUAACCCAAAACUAUGUAUUAGUGUGUAAAGUACCUUUUUUGUUCCAGACUAUUUUAUUUUGUGCUAUCUUUUUUUUCUGUUUUGCUUUAUAAAAUACAUAUUACAGCUGUGCUGUAAAUAUGCUUCCUGUAUCUUUGAUUUUCUUAGAGUCUAUUUACUGUUUUUCUACUUUUGUUUUUAACUUUUAUUAAUUUUUUUCUUUUAGAUGCCUUCUCUUUUUUAUAGUAAGAAAACCCAGGAAUUUUUUAUUUUCUGGUAUAGAUAGAGGAGAAAGAUUGGUAAAAGUUUUGCAAGCUCUGAACUUUGUUCUUUUGCAAAGUUAAUUCUUUAACAUAUAAAUGAAAUAAAAAUUUUGGAUGUA